UGUAAUUCAGUUCUUUCAUUUUUACUAAUACAAAAAAUCAGAGUGCUUUGCUCAUAUCUGUUGGUUUACGUUUCAUUUACACCGGUAAACACACACAUGUCUUUUGACGUGCAAAACCAAUGUUAAUUAAGUUAAGCUGAGGCCCAGAGAUCUUCAGGAUCAAAGCCUGGUUCUUUAUGCCAAAAUAUAUGUCGAGGUUGAUGACUAUGGAGGCAUCAAAAGUCAAGGAAGGAACAGUGAGUAUAAACUAUUUGAUAUAGUCAAAAUCCAACUACACGGUGUGGUCAAUGAAGAUGCAGGUCUUCAUGGAAGCUCAGGGAGUUUGGGAGGCUGUGGAGCCUAGUGACCUGAAGGUGGAUGUAACAACACGGAUGGAUAAAAUGGCGCUGGCAACAAUUUAUCCAUCUCUCCUCUCCCCUCCCACCUCAUCAAGUCACCUCUUCAUCCAUGGCGGCCAUGAUAAUCAAGUCAAAGCAAUGCCUCCGUCUCCCCUCCCACCUCAUCUCUCCUCUCUCAACACUCACCUCUUCAGCCCUACAAACUCUCGAAGAACCCGAAUUAAUCAAACCCAUCCUCCAUCUCACCCCAUCCGAAACCCUAAUUUGACCGACUCCACUCCCUAAUUAAAACCCACCACCGAAACAACCCCAACCCCACCUCCAAUCUCUCUCUCCCCACUCUCUCCUUCGAUCUCUCCCAAAUCUCUCCCAUCUCUCUCUCUCCCAACGUCAUUCGCCAUGUCAUCCACAAAUGCGGGUCCCCCCGCCACGGUAUCCCCUUUGCCCAGACUCUCGCGUUCUUUGAUUGGGCUAAUAAGUUAGUUAAAUGUAGUGAUGCUUAUAAUGAUAUGAUUGACCUUUGUGGAAAAGUGCGCGCAUUUGAUGUGGCGUGGGGUUUGAUUGAUGAUAUGAAGGAGAAUGGAAUUGAGGUGUCGAAUUCGACGUUUUCGGUUUUGAUUAGGCGGUAUGUGAGGGCGGGGUUGGCUAGUGAGGCGAUUCUUGCGUUUAAUAGAAUGGGGGAGUAUGGGUGUGUGGCGGAUAAGAUUGCGUUUACUAAUGUUGUUUCGGUUCUUUGUAAGAAGAGGAGGGCGGUUGAGACUCAGGAGUUUUUUGAUGGGUUGAAGGGGAAGUUUGAGGCGGAUGUUGUGGUGUAUACUAGUUUGGUUAAUGGGUGGUGCAGGGCGGAGAAUAUUUCAGAGGCGGAAAGGGUGUUUAGUGAGAUGAAGGAGGUUGGGAUUCAGCCGAAUGUUUAUACUUAUAGUAUUGUUAUUGAUGCGUUGUGUCGGUGUGGGCAGAUUACGCGAGCUCAUGAUGUGUUUGCGGAGAUGAUUGAUGUGGGAUGUCAGCCGAAUUCUAUUACAUUUAAUAAUUUGAUGCGGGUGCAUGUCAAGGCUGGACGGACAGAGAAGGUUUUGCAGGUGUAUAAUCAGAUGAGGAAGCUAUCUUGUGCUGCCGAUACUAUUACUUAUAAUUAUCUUAUAGAGAGUCAUUGUAGGGAUGAGAAUCGGGAUGAGGCUGUUAAGGUUAUCAAUACAAUGGUCAGAAAAGGGUGUGAGGCAAAUGCUUCUACAUUUAACCCGAUAUUUAGGUGUAUUUUGAAAGCAGGGGAUGUUAAUUCUGCUCACAGGUUGUUUGCGAGGAUGAAAGAGAUAAAGUGUAAGCCUAAUACAGUGACAUACAAUAUACUGAUGAGGAUGUUUGCUGAUUCUAAGUCUGCUGACAUGGUUAUCAAGCUUAAAGAAGAGAUGGACGAGGGUGAGAUUGAGCCUCAUGUGAAUACUUACAGGAUUCUGAUAUCCCUAUAUUGUGGGAUGGGACACUGGAAUAAUGCUUACAAGUUUUUCAGAGAAAUGAUAGAAGAAAAAUGCUUGAAGCCUAGUGAGGCAGUGUAUGAAAUGGUUUUGCAGCAGCUGAGAAAAGCAGGACAGAUAAAGAAACAUGAAGAAUUGGUAGAGAAAAUGGUUAUUAGAGGUUUUGUGGCUCGGCCUUUAUAAUUUUUUCACAUUGUUGUUUCAUUUUUACUGCAAUAUUUACAUUGUAACUUUGCAGUUUCAGUUUCAUUCUCUUUGUUGUCUUAAUGAGCUUAAGUUUAUACACCAGCAAAUUUUUGGGAUCA